AUGGUCGUAACAGCUUCUUCAGGACAGCAUGCUCUCUCCCAAAGACGUGCCCAGCUCGCCGGGCCGUCUGGAGUUAAGGGACUCCUCUCGAACCUUCGAAUUUUCGCUAUCGCCAUAUUCGCCUCUCUUGGUGGUUUUGUCUAUGGCUAUAAUCAAGGAAUGUUCGGGCAAAUCUUGAACAUGACCUCCUUCUCUGCUACGGUGCAUCCUGAUUCGAUCACCAACCCGACUUCGAGGGGACUUUUGACCGCUAUUCUUGAACUUGGUGCUUGGGUCGGCGUCCUCAUCAACGGUAUCCUCGCUGAUCGCCUUGGACGUAAGUUGGCGACUGUGUGCGGUGUGAUUGUCUUCUUGCUCGGCGUUAUCGUUCAAGCUUGUGCUAAAGGACCGUCCUACAUACUUGGCGGCCGUUUUGUGACUGGUAUGGGUGUCGGCACCCUUUCUAUGAUUGUGCCACUGUACAACGCGGAGCUGGCCCCCGCAGAGCUAAGAGGAUCUCUUGUGGCGCUUCAGCAACUUGCGAUUACUUUUGGGAUCAUGGUAUCGUACUGGAUAGGAUAUGGAACAAACUACAUCGGAGGUACCGGCGCAAGCCAGUCCAACGCUGCGUGGCUGGUUCCAAUUUGCAUUCAAAUCCUUCCCGCGCUCGCGCUUGGUAUUGGUAUUUUGUUCAUGCCUCCUAGGUACAACUCCACCCCUAUGUGCACAUCGAAAGUAUUUCUAACGCCUCUAAGCCCCCGUUGGCUCAUGACAAAGGGACGAGAAGAGGAAAGUCUGGCCGUCAUCUCCCGUAUCCGCUCUCUUCCUUCCGACAAUGAACUGGUUCAACUCGAAUACCUGGAGGUGAAGGCGCAGCAUCGCUUUGAAGUCGAAACUUCGGCUGCUCGCUUUCCUCAAUACCACGCUCCUGGGCUUACGAACCAGAUAAAACUAGGUUUCCAGGAGUAUGUUAGCCUCCUAACUAAUAGAUCCCUCUUCAAGAGAGUUGUUGUUGCGGUAUUCAUUAUGGUUUUCCAACAAUGGUCUGGAGUCAACGCCAUCCUCUACUAUGCAGCUUUCAUCUUCAAGGAUCUCGGUCUCACAGGAAACACCACUUCCCUACUUGCUAGUGGUGUCGGCGGUAUCCUCAUGUUCCUUGCUACUAUCCCUGCCGUUCUAUACAUUGAUCAGCUUGGGCGCAAACCCGUCCUGAUUGUUGGAGCUAUUGGGAUGGGUAUUUCGCAUAUUAUUGUUGCCGCUUUGUAUGGAUCCUUCAGCAAGGACUGGGCAGCCCAUAAAGCUGCCGGCUGGGUUGCCGUCGUUUUUGUGUGGAUUUAUGAGAUCAACUUUGGCUACUCCUGGGGCCCCGCAGCUUGGAUCGUUGUUGCAGAGAUCUUCCCGCUCGGAUUUCGUGCAAAGGGUAUCUCCAUUGGUGCUUCAUCCAACUGGCUCAAUAACUUCGCUGUAAUCAAUUUCCCUAGUCUUCCAUUCCUGGUUCUGAGUAUUAACAAUGACCAGAUCGGCCAAGCCACACCUCCCAUGGUCUCAUCGAUGACCUACGGGACCUUCAUCUUCUUCGGUCUGAUCUGCUUCAUCAGCGCACUCUUCAUCUACUUUGCUGUCCCUGAAACCAAGAAUCUCACCCUUGAGGAGAUGGACGAAGUUUUCGGUGAUGAAGCCGGAAAUGCCAUUGAGGACCGCAACCGUCUCCUGCAAAUCUACACUGAACUAGGCUUAUUUAGUGACGGUGUUGUCGAGGAAAAGGCUGUGCCUAGCAGUGAAAAUGUCGAGGUUGAGCCGUAG